UGGCAAGUUUUACUUUUUCCUUAACACAAGCACACGCGUGGACACCAUCUGUCUUGCUAUCUUUCUGUUCCCUGACACACAAAAGACAUUACUGACUGAACUCAGUCGCUCUGUCCUACCUGACUCAAACUUUAGAGGUUAGAGGGGAAUCCAAUGCUGCUGAGUUUCCUGAAACAGUCACAGAAACAAUCCUGGAUCAUGUAGAGACAUGCCGUACCCUGUCCCAGGAAUCUGUAUUAAAGCAUGAAUCCAACCCUUUAAUUUGGAAGUAUACUCAGUCACUCAGUACAAGUCCAUUUAUCUAUUUCCAAGCAAACCAGUGCAGAUUUUCCCCAAGGAUGUCAACUGACACUCUCCAGCCAUCUUCACGGAGAAUAAUAAGGCUGGCUGGAGCUCCUGCCGUUCCAAGUCACAACGCAGAGUCCAGGGAUACGCAAUCUCCAGGGAUACGCAAGCCAAGUGCAGUGGAACGUUUGGAAGCAGACAAGGCCAAGUAUGUCAAGACCCAACAGGUGGUUUUGAAGAAGCAGCAGCCAGUUAUUUGUCCCUCCAACAACAGCCCGAAUGGACAAGGUACUCAACAGCCAUCAAGGAAGAUCCCUGCAAGACCCACAAAGUCUGAGAUGCCACCCCUUAACCUGGAACAUCUUUGCAAACUGAUUGAUGGAGUCAGCGAUGCCACCGUUCCAGUCGUUUCAACACAACCCAGCAGCAAUGAGAAAGAUGUUACAGAUCCAUCCAAGGCCACCUCUCCACCACUGGAGGAACCUUCUCUGGGGUCGACUUCUGCAAGUCAAGAGAAAGCUGCAAUAGAAACCUCAGGGGCAAACGGAUGUCCUACGAUGACAGUGCGGAGAGUCGACGUCAGACCCCAGUUACCCCAGAUGAGGAUGGCUGGUAGACCACAGCUACAGAACCGCUUACCGGUGCAACAGGCCAUGCCGCAGGUCCCAAUGCAACUUCUGCGCUUGCUUAGACCGUACAUAAAGCCAAAUCAGCAACCUGCUGACUUCAAAAGGCUCCAUAAUGUCACACAAACAAAUGGCACCAGAGGACCUGUUAAACCACCAAACUGUGCUGUGCAAACCUCGCCUCCUUUGAAAUCCUCAGCUAGCCCACCUCCACCCCUCCCCAUAAAACCAAACACAGAACCAUUAUCAUGUCCCUCACCGACCCCACUUACUCCAAACUCCACUGAUUCGCUCCUAGCCAAAAAUGACUUCCAGUCUCCGCCAUCUCCAGCCAUCACUUGCAUCUCCUCAACAAGCUCCAGGAAGCGUCCUUCACGGACACGCUCAAAAUCGGACGUCAGCGACUGCUUUUCACGAGCAGGAGCAGAGCUUGAGCGCUUCUUUAAUUAUUGUGGCCUUGACCCAUCGGAUUUAGAUGAGUUAGCAAGGCCGGGUUCUGACAUUGUGUCCGUUUCACAUCUACGUAGCGCCAGUGCCCCAGCAUCCGAACGUUCAGCCGAGGGUGAAGAUGAGGGGGAAGCAGCGGCAGCAAAAGAUGAACGCCCUGUUUAUGGUGUUUCCGUCAUUGAGAGAAAUGCUCGAGUGAUCAAGUGGCUUUAUGGAAUGCGCCAGGCCAAAGAGAGUCCCAAAGUGGCCGAUAUGUAACAGAUAACAAAUAAAGUUACAUACAGCCAAGUAUGGUGACCCAUACUCAGAAUUCACGCUCUGCAUUUAACCCAUCCAAAGUGCACACACACAGCAGUAAACACACCGUGAACACACACCCGGAGCAGUGGGCAUCCAUUUAUAAUGCAGCGCCCGUGAAGCAGUCGGGGGUUCGGUUCCUUGCUCAAGGGCACCUCAGUCGUGGUAUUUCCGGCCGAGACUCAAACCGACAACCUUAGGGUUGGGAGUCAAACUUGCGAACAUCUAGGCCACAACUGCCCCAAACAAUACAAUGUCUAACAAAUAACCACCAUCCAGACUGAAAUGUAAUGCAAUGUGUUGUACAAAAUAUUAACAUUUCCCAUUUAGUAUUUUGUUGCUUAUCUGUAUAGAGCUGUCUAGUUGAAUCUGCCGUGUCAUAUAUGAUAGCUUACGCAUCGUGGUCAAUUACCUUACCACAAACACCUGUAUUUUCCAACAAUAACUACACAUGCAUGGUUGCAUUGUUAUGGUGACCACAAAUAAACCCUUAAACACAA